AUGUUACCUUUGUCUGAAUCGGUAUAUUUCAAUAUCACUCAGUUUGAGGCUGAUGCAACAAACAUACUCUAUUCAGGCGAUGCGGUGCCAUCUCGUGGAGACAUAGAGUUUAACAGAGUGAAUUACCUCAAUCGUGUUGGCCAGGCUGUGUACGCAGAUACAAUCCCGAUUUGGGAUGGAAAAUCUGGUAAGGUUUCAGAUUUCACCACUCGCUUCACCUUCAUCAUCGAUACACAGUCUCAAUACUCCUAUGGCCAUGGGUUCGCUUUCUUUCUUGCCCCAGUUGGCUUUCAAACCCCACGCAACUCAGCUGGUGGGUUUCUAGGCCUGUUUAACACAACUUACACGGAUUCACCCCGAAACCAAAUGAUUGUCAUUGAGUUUGACUCUUUCAGCAACCAAGAAUGGGAUCCUUCAUACGAACAUGUGGGUAUCAAUAAGAACUCAAUUAGUUCGGCUAAUUACACUUCCUGGAAUGCUAGUUUACACAGUGGAGACCCUGCGGAUGUUUGGGUUUCUUACAAUGCUACCACUCAGAUUUUAAACCUGUCAUGGAGCUACGGGGCUAGAAAUGAUUCUAGAGAGAAUACCAGUCUUUCGUAUCAAGUUGACCUCCGGGAAGUUCUUCCUGAGCAAGCAACAGUUGGAUUUUCGGCUUCCACUGGUAGCAAUGUGGAGAGAAAUAUCCUUCAAUACUGGGAGUUCAAUUCAAGCCUGAAUAUAAAAACCGAAGAUGAUUCCAUUGAGAGGAAACUAGCAGAGGGAUUAACAAUCCCUAUUGGCGUUCUGGUUUUAGGAGGCAUAGUAGCAUGCAAUAUAUUAAGGAGGAGACAAAGAAAAGCUACACAGAAUUCAUUAGAGACAGUCACCUUGACAUCAAUGAUGAAUCAUUUUGAAAGAGGAGCAGGACCGAAAAGAUUUUCUUACAGAGAUCUCGCUUCAGCUACCAACAACUUUUCUGAUGACAAGAAAUUGGGCGUGGGAGGAUUCGGGUGUGUCUACAAGGGCUACUUAUCCAGCGAAGCCGUAGAAGUUGCUGUCAAGAAAAAUUCACAGGGUUCUAAACAGGGAAAAAACGAGUACAUAACCGAAGUAAAUAUCAUUAGUCGUUUAAGGCACCGAAACUUAGUACAACUCAUUGGUUGGUGCCACGAUCAGACUCAAUUCUUGCUAGUUUACGAGUUUAUGCCAAACGGAAGCCUUGAUUCCCACCUCUUUGGCAAAAAGAGUCCCCUUGAGUGGGGUGUGAGGUACAAGAUUGCUAUGGGUUUAGCUUCUGCGCUGCUCUAUCUGCACGAAGAAUGGGAACAAUGCGUGGUGCACCGAGAUAUCAAAACAAGCAACAUCAUGAUUGAUUCAGGAUUCAACGCGAAGCUCGGAGACUUUGGAUUGGCUCGACUCAGGGACCAUGAGUUGGGUCCACAAACCACUGGUUUAGCGGGAACUCUGGGCUACUUGGCUCCGGAAUACGUAACCACAGGAAGGGCCAGUAAAGAGUCAGACGUGUAUAGCUUUGGGAUAGUUGCAUUAGAGAUUGCGUGUGGGAGAAAGGCGACGGAUCGCAUUGAUGAAACAUUUGAUCUAGGGUUGGUGGAGUGGGUUUGGGGUUUGCGAGGAAAAGGCGAGCUGCUUUCAGGAGUGGAUCAGAAGCUGAACAAGGAGUUUGACACCAAACAGGUUGAGUGUUUGAUGAUGGUGGGAUUAUGGUGUGCUCACCCUGACCAGAGUUUGAGGCCGUUGAUCCGACAAGCAAUUCAGGUGCUUAAGUUGGAGGCUGCGGCCCCAAAUCUUCCAAUGAAGAUGCCGGUGCCGAUGUACUACUACACAGCACCAGAUGCUCCUGAAGUCAAUUCUGGAGGCGCUACGAUGAGUUACACCAGCAUUCAUCUCGCGCGUUAA